AUGGUUAUUCCAGAUGAUAAAUCUAGAGAGCUUAUACCGUCAAUUAUAGGACUUCAGGAUGGUGAAUUUAUUAUUGGUGAGGCUAGUAAUACCACAGUAAAAAACCUUCGUUCUAUAAAAAGGUUAUUUGGUAAAAAACUUUCUGAUUUACGAGCUAAUCCAUCGCUCUUUGGUCUAGUCAAAGAAUAUAUAGACUUAGAUAGUAAAGUUUUACGUCUUAAAUUUGGCGCAAACCAAGUCAUGACUAUACCUGAAUUAGCCGCCCAAAUACUCAUUCAUUUAAAAAAACAAGCUAUUAAGCAACUAAAUUGUGAAAUCAGUAAAGCAGUAAUUACUAUACCUGCUCAUUUUAAUGAUGCUGCACGAGGAGAAGUAAUGUUAGCGGCAAAAAUUGCUGGAUUUGAUGUGUUAAGAUUAAUUGCUGAGCCCACAGCUGCGGCCUAUGCUUAUCGUUUAAAUAAGAAAACAGAAGGGUGUUAUUUAGUAUAUGAUCUAGGGGGCGGCACUUUUGAUGUAUCAAUUUUAAACAUGCAAACAGGUGUAUUACAAGUUAUUGCUACAGGAGGAGAUAAUGUUUUAGGAGGCGAUGACGUUGAUCACUUAGUGAUGCACUAUUUCUGUAAUAAAUAUAAACUGGCAGAGUGCCAAGAAUUAAUGAAUCUGGCCAAAACCGCUAAAGAAACCCUCAGUUUCUACACUGAAUUUAAGGGAAGUUUAGGGGCGGAAACGUUAGAAUUAGAUCGCGAAGAUUUUGAGCAUUUACUAUUGCCCUUAGUGCAGCGAACUAUCAAUAUUACUCUAGAUACUUUAGCACAGGCUGGAAGGACUAAUAUUUCUGGUAUUAUUCUUGUUGGUGGGUCCACUCGCAUACCUUUAAUCACUAAAUUUUUAGCACAAACAUUUAACACUGAUAUUUUCGCGGAUAUUAAUCCUGAUAAAGCAGUAGCCUGGGGAGCGGCUUUGCAGGCAGAAAAUUUGACUAGUGCAAAUAUCAAUUCCUUAUUAAUAGAUGUGGUACCUUUAUCACUAGGUAUUGAACUAAAUGGCGGUAUUACAGAAAAGCUUAUCCUUCGUAACACCCCUAUACCUAUAUCUGUCACUAAAGAAUUUACUACUUCUGUGGAUAAUCAGCGCUUUAUGAAAUUACAUAUAGUGCAGGGAGAAAGAGAAAUGGCCGCAGAUUGUAGGUCUCUAGCUAGGUACGAACUAGAAUUACCUUUAAUGAAGGCAGGGGGAGUAAGAACAGAAGUAACAUUUUCUAUUGAUGCUGAUGGUAUAUUAUCCAUAGCAGCUUUAGAAAAAAAUAGUGCUGUUUCCCACACUAUUUCUGUAAAACCGAGUUAUGGUUUAAGUGAAGAUGAAAUUACCACCAUUUUAGAAAAUGCUUAUCAAAACGCCGCAGAAGAUCAUAA